AUGGCACAUCCAGAUAAAAAAUGUCUGCGGUUUAAAGACGCUUCACAACGUUGGGGUCUAACUUUAAAUGAAUCAAAAUCGGUUAUUUCAGCUUCUUCUAUAAACAUUCUUGGUUAUUGCGUUAGUCAUAACAACAUAAAACCAGAUUCUGAGCGAUUACGUCCUUUAGACUUACUACCUCUUACUUCUAACAUUUUAUCACUUCGGCGAACUUUGGAUAUGUUUUCUUAUUAUUCAAAGUGGAUACCUUUGUUUCCUAAUAAAGUUUGGCCUUUAAUUAAUGUUAAAUCCUUUCCUAUCAAUAGUGAGGCACUUGAAGCAUUUCAAUUUCUUAAAAGAGAACUUUAUGCUGCCACUUUGAGUUCUAUUGAUGAGAGAUUACCUUUUGUUGUUGAAUGUGAUGCACCAGAUGUAGCCGUAUCAGCUACCUUGAAUCAAAAUGGUCGUCCAGUUGCCGUUAUGUCUCGAACAUUAGGCAAAAGUGAAAUCAAUUACUCAUCAGUAGAAAAAGAAGCUGUAGCUAUUAUUGAAGCCGCUCGAAAAUGGCAACAUUUACUGUUACGGAAUCAAUUUAAAUUAAUUACUGAUCAGCGUUCUGAAGCUUUUAUGUUUGAUAACCGAAAGAAAACAAAGAUUAAAAAUAGAAAGAUUCAGUGCUGGAGGGUGGAGUUAGCAGAGUUUAGUUAUACUAUAUUGUAUUGUCCUGGAAGCGAUAAUAUCGUCCCUGAUGCACUCACACAUGCUUUUUGUGCUACAACCAAAUCUCAAACAAACCUAAGUGGUAUACAUAGCUGUCCAUGUCACCCAGGGGUUACUCGUAUGCUUCACUUUGUUAAAUCUAAAAAUUUACCUUUUUCUACAGAAGAGGUCAAGAGAGUUUGUUCUAACUGCCAGAUUUGUUCAGAAUUAAAACCAAAGUUUUAUCGAUCCUCAAAUGUCUGUGAGUUAAUCAAGUCAAUACGUCCAAUGGAUCGCCUAAGUAUAGAUUUUAAAGGACCAUUACCAUCUAAUUCUAGAAAUAAAUAUCUGUUUACAGUCAUUGAUGAAUAUUCUCGGUAUUCAUUUGCUUUCUUAUGUCCUGAUAUUAGUUUAACAACUGUUGUGAAGUGUUUAGAUCAAAUAUUCUCCUUUUGUGGUUUUCCAACGUACAUUCAUUCCGACAGAGGCUCAUCUUUCAUAUCUAAUGAAUUAAAUUCUUACCUUACUCAGAAAGGAAAUGCAACAAGUAAUUCUACCCCAUAUCAUCCUAUCAACGCUCUCCACUCACUCCGUUCGCUACUUUCAACUGCAACUCAUUGUACACCCCAUGAGAGGUUAUUCAGUUUACCUAGGCGCUCGUCAUCCGGAACUUCAUUACCCUCAUGGUUAACUCCUAGCCCAAUUUUUCUAAGAUGUUUUGUGCGUACAAGCAAAAACGAUAAUCUCGUGGAUAAGGUUAAAUUAGUGGAAGUAAAUCCAACAUAUGUUAAUAUUCGUUACCUUAAUGAACGAGAGUCAACUGUUUUACUUCAAGAUCUUGCACCGUAUCCUGCCCCAAAAGAAAAGUUUAAUGAUAUCAAUGAGAAUAGUAUCAAUGAGUCUAGUGAGAAUGUAACUGAUAAAGUACUUGAUGUAAAUAAAGACCCCUCACCUGAAAUUGCAUCGGAAAUCAGAGAAAAGUUAGAUGAGCCAGUAACUGAGCCAUUUGCUGAUGUACUACUGUGA